AUGGCUUACGUUGAUUCCACACACAACAGAAAGGUUUCUGUCCAGGGCUUUUGCAAGAGAGGCUUAGAGCCUCAUGCGCCCACACUCAAUGGGGUAUCUCAGGAUCUCUUCUCAGUCACCACUGCCCUGCCCUUCUCUUCCGGUUGGGGGCCACGGAGGCUCAAAUUAAAAGCGACAGGGCAAUAUUUGGUAAACAAAGAGUUGGGCGCCGUCUUCCUGACAAAUACCAAAACAAGCUCGCGUAGGCACAGCAUCACAGCUCGUUUGAAAGUUACCAUGGAGUUCCUGGAGGAGUUCUACCGCAACGGCAAAACAUCAGAGCUGGACGCCUUAGAUCUGUUGGAGAUAAAUGCUAGGAGAAAAAGAUUUCUAAAAAGCAUCUGUCCACAGCCUGCUGAUGACGACUUCACGGAAGAAUUAGAAAAGACCAGAGAAGAUUUGGCCUACCUCCGACCACUGGGCAACAAGCGACACUGUGUCUUCUGCAAGAAUAACAAGGAAAAGGUGGCAGUCUUCUCUACCCAUCUAGUCAAAAAUGAAAAUGGUGAUGUGGUUUGCCCCAUUUUGUCCAAAUACACCUGUCCACUGUGCUUUGCCACUGGUAAAAAGGCCCACACAAUCAAGUACUGCCCAUUGAAUGAUGGAUUCAGCACUGUGGACUACAUCCUAAAAACUCCAAGAAAUGGUGCUGGCAAAAAGAGAAACUGAAGUCUGAAGUGAGCUAGAGAAAGUAUUGAAAGUUUUAGACUUGAAUUUCUUCUGUUUUAAUGAGGUGUAUACAUCUUCAUCAAUUAUAGAAGGUUGUGCACAGUUACAAAAUUGAAGAGUGGACUUUUGAAAAUUUAGCAAGCAGUACUAUUUUUUAUUUUAAAAUCUUGAGUGCAGAUAAAUAAUUUAUUGCAGUACUGGUGUUUAAGAUUUAUUAAUUGUUGAGCUUUGCAUUUGUGUUGUUUGGUUUCGUUUGUACCCGUAGUUGUAUUUGCAAGAAAGUUUGCAGUACCGUUACAGUAAGAGAUUAUUUUUUUAGCUUUUUAAAAUGUUGUUAGCUUUUUAAAAUGUACUUUAAAAUUAGUAUUUAAAAAUUACAGGGUAUCACUACUUUACUUACAUGUUUUUUUUAUUAUUACUUUAUUAAUUGUAUAAAUUGUAAAUAUUGUAUAAGUGGUUAAUAUUGCUUUUCGAUGUUAAGCAUUAUAACCUGUUCAGUAUAGAGACAACACUGGUACCUGGAAAUAAAUGUCACAAAGGAAUUUUUUUUUCCCAAACGAAGUGAUUCGAGAAAUUUAUUUACUUGCACCCUUGUUCUUGAGUCUUUUUUUUUUUUUUUUUUUUUUUUUUACAUGCAAAUAAAUGUAAUGGCGUUUAUGUUGCCAGGUGCUUCAUGGAUGCUUUCUCGCCAUGCCAGUUUCUCUUCAAUGUGCCUAUUCUUUAAUUGCCUUGUGAGUUUCACGUUUUAAAAAAAGAAAUGUUCCCAAUUUACCUUCACUUUUUCUUUCUUGUUCCACUUCUUUUAAUUCCUAUAUAUGCUAAUUAUGCUAAAAAAAAAAUUAUUUUUUAAUAUUUUUAGAAGUUAAAUUCAUUAUUGUGUAAUUUCCUCAAUCUAUUUAUUUAUUCUUAUUAAUAUGUUAGUGUUUUGUAUUGAAUUAGUAUACUCACUUAGAUUGUAUAAAAGAAACAUAUUUAUUUCUCCAUCAUCUAUGAUUCUAAGUUUUGGAAGUUUCAUUUUUGAACAUUUUGAUACCUUCCUCAAUUUAUUUAAUAUUAAUAUGUCACAUGUCAAAGUGUUUUGUAUUGAAUGAGUAUACUCC